GUUUUACAACAGGCGGGACUCGGAGACCGAGCGUGUUACCGACUCAUGGCGUGAACUCAAUGGGCCAGCGAUAUUUAAAGGACUGUUAAAAACGUGAACUCUGAUAGAUACCCAGUGUGAUAAUGCACAUCGAUGACUUGAGCGGUAUGCAUUUCACGGUAAUCAAUUAGUGUUUUGUAUAUAUUAAUGAGUGAGGCGGUAUGGCAUAUAGGAUAGAUGGGGACUCACACGAGCACUUGGUUAUUAUCAAACGUGCAGAAAGGAAGCUCUCAUCCCGCUAAAUAGCCAUGAAGAUGAGAGUUCCCUAAACAGAGCUGGAUAUGUACAUAUAUUUACACGGAUUCAAACACAGGAGUUUAAGCAUCAGUGACGCUAAGCCUCGGGAGAUGGCAAGCCGCGCCAUGUUUAUGUACCCUGACCUUGACAAGUCAGCCGUGCGCGCUCUGAAGGUCGAGGAGAGAAUUCUAGAGCUCAAAGUCGUCAACAUUGACGUAGCCAAAAGAAGUGUAGCGUUGGAUUUACGAAAAUCACAAAACGAAAUGAAAAAGCGUUUAAGGAAGUAUAGGGAUAGACAGAGGGACAUAUCAAAGUUAAAAAACAUAACAGAGCCUAAAGAUCAAACUAUCGAAGACUUCAUGGCAAACAAUACUCAACACAGGGCGUUUACCAGGAGUGCAAUGCGUCCAAAAACUAGUCCAGCAGUGAUGACAUCCAAACCAUCAGGUCGUGGUGGAAGACAAUCUGUUUCUCCAGAGGAGGAAGGAUUCGAGGUGGAUCCCUCGUUUUUCACGGAUCAACAUCGAUCUAAAAUCGAUCUCCGGCCGAGCACGGCGCGCGUGUUUAAUGGCGACAAGGCUGCUCUCCGGAAGAAAUCUCGUCUGGGAAGUCUCGGUAGACGUGAAGAGCAAGUAAGAUACUUUGACGAUGAUGAGCUUCAGGAUCGAGAAUCGUUUUACACACAGAUGGUAGAGUGGAGGAAAAGUAAGGAGAUUGGCAAUUUUGAGUCUCUCGAUCAUAAAGUUGGGAGUUUUUGUAAACAAAACGAGGAGGAAAUAAAAAGGCGGGUACAGAGAAACACGUGUCUUCGUCAGAGUCUCCAUUCUGUUAUGGAAUUCCGAAGAAUCAAACAAAAAGAACAAAACGAAGCACUCCGAGCCACCACACCCUCUUCUCGGCCAAACUCGUCUGGAGUUAAGACUGGUGUGAACCAUACAAAACCCACCGUGGAAGUUGUUUCUAGGGAUACGAACGGCGUACAUUCUCGAGCUAAAGACAUGUCAUAGUGAUACGCAACUUCCGGUGGUCUUCAAUGUUUUCUUCCAAAUAGGUUUGAUAUCCUAUUGCACUGGAUAUUAAUAUUAUGUCGUAAAAUGAUUUUAUAUUUUCCGUGAACAUAUGACUGUGAUGUACCAUUCCUUUAAUAUUAUGUUUGCAAUAGAUGUGACGUAUUUUUUGCCUGUCUGAGUUAAUUUUCCGUUAUUUCAAACUUGUCAUACAUAUAAAACAAUAAGAGGCGAGUCUCUUACAUGAUGGGCGGGCACUGACAUAAUUACAAAAUGGUACUUAACGCGCUCUUUCACAGAAAUGGCGACUUUCUUAGGGCGAUACUGUCACAUGUACGUGACGUACAAUGACGUGUUCAUGAGGUUCAUAUACUGACACGCGCAUGCCAUAAAGGUAUAUGUACGUGACUUACAGACUCUUACAGGUUGAAACAUGGACCUGCUUACGUACAUGAUUCCCAGACUCUGGCAUGUAAAUCAUGAAGAUACAUAUACAAGACAUAUACCUGCAUGUACAUGCGUCCCUGUAGACUGACACGUGGACGAUACGUAGACAUUUGCAUGGUAUGCAGAAACUGACCAAUGUGUGACAAUACACGAAAAAAGAUGUAAAGACGCGCGUGAGAUGGAUCCGACAUGUGAUAAACAUUCUUGCACAAAAUAACAAACUAAAAUAAAUAAUGUGUUUAUUUUU